CGCUCCGACGAUUUUUUUCCCCGCGCACACUCGUCUCUCACGCCGCUAACUUGACAGGAGAAGCGAUUUGCCAGCCCUGACUGGCGGAAUGCGGUAGCCGCUGGCCAGGCUGGUUCAACACUCCAAACCUCAGACUUCAUUCACGGGCCGGGAGCAGGCCGCGAGAGCAUGCGCGGGGCUUCCAAGUCUCCGCCAAACCAGCGCCAGCCGGUGUGCCGCACGCCUGGAAGAGCGCGCAAAUGACAAGAGACGGGCUGGUGGUGGUGGGAGGAGAAGGAGGAGGUUCGCGCCGAGGCGAACUACCUUGGGGACAAAAGGGCAACGACCGGGGGAGGACAAUGGAGGAAACAAGCCCCAACCGAGCCCCAGCCCGCUUUCUUCUCUCUCCUCCUUUCCUCGAAUAGGGAAAGGCUCCGGGCGCUGAGUGAAAGAUGCCUCUUGCACCAGUUCCAGGAAGCCGGUGGACGCUCUAGCGGCUGAAUCAUCCCAUUCCUUGGGAAGCAUCCAGCAGUAAAACGGUCCCUUUCGGGGAUACUUGACUGAAAAUGUAUGACAGUCACGAAGAUGUUGCUUAUGAUUCUGAAAAGAAUUCCAAAGAGAAAGAACAGAAGCUGAAGCCAAAUCCAGAUAUUGAUAGAGGAUGGGCUUGGAUGAUAGUCUUUUCUUCUUUCCUCGUGCAUAUACUCAUCAUGGGAUCACAAAUGGCCCUUGGAAUUCUCAACAUGCAGUGGCUUGAAGAGUUCAGCCAAAGUCGAGGGCUGACGGCAUGGGUCAGCUCCCUCAAUAUGGGUAUUACUCUGAUUGUAGGUCCGUUUAUUGGUUUGUUCAUUAACACCUGUGGAUGUCGGAAAACAGCAAUAACUGGAGGAAUCUUGAAUGCCCUGGGAUGGAUAUUAAGUUCCUAUGCUUCAAAUGUACAUUACCUCUUUAUUACAUUUGGAGUUAUAGCUGGUAUUGGAAGUGGGAUGGUGUAUCUGCCUGCUGUAGUCAUGGUGGGAGAAUAUUUUCAAAAGAGAAGGGCUCUUGCCCAGGGACUCAGCACAACUGGAACGGGCUUUGGUGCUUUCCUGAUGACAGCUUUGUUGAAAUAUCUUUGUGUGGAGUUUGGCUGGAGGAAUGCAGUGUUCAUUCAUGGGGCAGUCUGUCUGAACCUGUGUGUUUGUGGAGCACUUCUGAGACCAAUUCAUUUCAAGAAGGAAGCUACUGAGCAAAGCAGAGAUAGAAACAACAGUCAAAGCAAUCAUCCAGCAAAAGUUCUCUCCUGCUCUGCCGAAACAUUGACGUCUAAUUGUGUCUUAAGGGAAGGGGAAAAAGAGGCAAAGGGAGGACAGGGUACAAAAGAAAAGACUGGCAAAAUUUCAGCCUUGGAGAAUAAAGACAGAAUCAGAGACCAAAAAGAAAUCUAUACUCUUGGUAUUCUGAAGACAGUAGGCCAGCUGACAGUUACAAGCCAGAAGGGCUUCAGGACCUGGUAUUCUAGUUACUUUGGAACUGCAUCUCUCUUCACCAACAGAACAUUUGCAGCUUUUGUAUUUUGGGCUUUAUUUGCCUAUAGCACUUUUGUGAUCCCUUUCAUCCAUCUCCCAGAAAUAGUGAAACAGUAUAACUUAUCAGCACAGAAUGACAUCUUUCCUUUGACCUCAAUUAUUGCAAUUGUUCACAUUUUGGGGAAGGUCAUCCUUGGCCUAAUCUCUGAUUCACCUUGCAUCAGUGCUUGGAAUGUCUUCAUGGCAGCUAACUUUACUCUGGUCUCUUGCAUUUUUAUUUUGCCAUUAAUGCAUACGUUUGCUAGCCUAGCAGUGGCUUGUGCCCUGAUAGGAUUUUCCAGUGGCUAUUUUUCACUUAUGCCUGUUGUAACUGAAGAUCUAGUAGGGAUUAAGCAUCUUGCAAAUGCCUAUGGGAUCAUCAUUUGCGCCAAUGGGAUAUCAGCACUAUUGGGACCACCAUUUGCAGGAUGGAUUUAUGAUCUCACACAAAAAUAUGACUUUUCUUUCUACAUAUGUGGCUUCCUUUAUAUGGUGGGAAUACUUACUUUGCUCAUUCAGCCUUACAUUGGCAAGGAAAAACCAUCAUCAGGAAAAAAUGCAGAAAAUGGAAAAGUUUAAGACAGUUCACUUCAUGGUUUUAGGCAGAAAUCUUGCAUUUCUGAAGGAAGUAUCAAAUUAUAUAUCUGAUGGGAUUAACAGUAUUAAAUAAAACUGAACAUCUCAACCCUUAUACUGUGGUGAAUGUUGACCAGUAAUUGAACAUUAAUUUUUGUGAAGUUGGAGGUAAAAGUCAGGAAACAAGGAACUUGGGAAUAGAACAAUCCAUUUUGUCAUCAAAGACCAAGUGGAGGGCCAGUGUGAGAAAAGGUCUGCAAAUAAUCCUUUGCAAAAAAAAAAAAAAAAGUAGGAGAAAGAAGCUGAGGAUGUGAAUCUUGGCACGUGCAUAUAAAUACUAUCAGGUUCCUAGCUUGAUAGAAUGGAUCUUCAUCUUUCCGUAGUUGCUUGCUGCUGUAAUAAAGCAUCUCUAAGUCAAGUACAAAUUCCUCUGAGACUGCAAAGUUCCAGAAGGAAGGUUAUUGCAAGGGACCAAAGGACAUGGACCUGAUAUUUCUCCUUAUUCCUGAUCCACGGGAAGAAAGACAAGUUCAGAUUUUCCAGACCAAAACCAUAACUACUGACCCCUUUUGCCAUUCCAUUUACCACGGAUCAAGUUUGAGUGCUGUGCUCCAGUAUCAGUAUCAAAUGGCAACCCAGAAAGAUCAGCCCAUUCAGACAGUUAAUUAUUUAGCUCUGCAAAUGGACCAGAAUUUACCACAGCCCAACACACCACUAAUCCCAGUGCAGGAUCCAAUCGCCGUAACAACUGUUGCUGCAACAGCUGCUACAACUACAGUUCUCCAGCUGAUCUAUCAUUUUUGCCUGGCAAAUAUGGGAAUGUGGGCAAAAUUAUAACCCUUCACACUCAGUGUGAUGUACACGUCUCAAAAACCUGGAGAGUUUACUACAGACCAGUUCUUCAUAAGAUUCAUAAUAAGUUUCCUGAUGGAGGGCAGUAGAAAAGGAGCUACCUCCUACCCCUUCUGAUUUAAAAUAGUCUGGAUAUGGACAAUGAUGCUAAUUUUGUGACAUGUUUGAGGAGUGCUUUUGAUAAUUCUGCCAAACUGAUGACAGCCAACCAUAAAAUCAGAUGCCUGUGACAAGGUAAAUGCUUGAUGUGUGCAUAUUAGGUCAAGAUUUGGGUUGGAAUAUAAAGGGCUUAACUGACCAGUUUAAAGAGGGUCUAGCUGAUGAGCAAUGGGAUGGGUUCACUGGGCAGGGAAUCUCAGGGACCCUGUCUGCUUUAAUCUAAUUCUGAAUUUGAAAACAGAAGACUCAAAGAAUCAUGGCAAAUGUACAGUGAGAAAAGAAAACCUCACCAUCCUCUUUCCUUUCUUCCUCUCCUUGUUUAUCAGAAUAUUCUAAUGGCAAAACUGUGCACUUGGGAGCUAGCAGGAAGAUACUUUCUGUAAAAAAAAAGCAGUACUGACAUGCAAAAGAGUUGUGCUUGUAUUGUUAAGAGUUGGGACAUUUUACCCAGGAGUGUCCUGCUUAGUCUCUCCUUUGUGGGGUAGCAAAUAAGUUCCAUAGUUAUGGAGAAGAGAGGUACUUUGCAAGCAGAUGCCAUACUUACUCCAGAUCUGGGCUUGUCAGGAAGCAAGUUUGUCAGAGGUGAGGACUUCUAAAAAUUAUGAAGGGCCAAGGGUUUUGACAAUAGCCAUCAACAUUUGACCCUUUGUGUUAUUCUUAAGACUCAAGCUGGCCAUGAAAUACAAUUAUGGUCUCCAAUAUAUUCUGGUACCAUGGGCAAUUUUAUUGUUUCUGUAGUAUGCCUUGCCUACUCAGCAUAAUGAACUACCAGUGUGGAUGGAAACUAUCUAUGGCAGCUCUUAUGGUCUGGCUCAGUUUCACCAUUCCUACUUACCAUCUAUCAUUAUCAAGAACCUCUGUACCUUAAUUUGACAACCUGAUAUAUUUUCCUAUUAUCUUGUCAAUGGCUUAGCUUCAGAUUCACAAUUUGUGCAUUCACUGGGACCAAAAAAGCAUUAUAUUUGAUUUUCAGUCAUGCUGGCCUCACAGAUUUCAAGAUCUGAUUCACUCCAUCAGUUAUACUCCAUCCACCCCAUUUUAUCUGCCAGGUAUGUUGACUGCACUAAUAUUUUGGGAAAGGAAAAAGCACAGAAUUUACUCCCCCAAUGGUUUUGUGACUAUAACAUUAACCUUGUUUCUAAAGCUAAGAUUUCAGCAAAACGUUUAUAUCUGGGACUCAGUUGGUGUGCCUAAAUGAACUUAUUGAUGACAACUUGUAAAUGGGAUGCAUGGAUAUCAUUACUUUUGAAGAUUCUAUUGUUAUUUGUUUUAUCCUGUUUUAUUUUUCACUGUCUGGAAUUGAAACUGAUUAGGGUGAUUUACAGAUAUUGUAAAACAAGCAAAUAAAUGGACUUUGUUGACCAUUGAUCUAU